AUGGACGGCACUAUGUACGACAAUCCCGAGGUGAAGUUUCAGAUAGAAAGGUGUCAGAAAUACCAAGGGACAGCCAAGAUUAACAUCAAUCAGAUGGUACCCCAUCCAUCUGUCUCGCCACAUGUAAACCUAAAGAACGUGGAAAGACUCUGUGAGAUUUUUGACAAAGAAGGCUGUCGAAGACUUGAUAUAUAUAACCAUGUUAGCGCGGUCGUGUCAAGACAGCAGCUUGAUGCUUUACAGGCCACAGGAGUGAACCUCUCUGAAUUACAGACUAAUCAUCCGGAUCAUUACCCACACCUCCAUUUUUCCACUGGUUCCAUAAAGUUCCUUCACGGCCAACAUCGAUUGAAGGCCGCAGAACAUUAUUUACCAUCUAUCGAUCAAUGGUGGAUUGUUGACCUGUAUUUGGAUGGUCUUCAAACCAGCCUUGUUGAUGAGUAUUCUAAUGAGAGAGUUCCAAGUGACGGUGAAAUAUACGUCAAAGUUCGACAAUAUCGAAAUGAAGCAAAUGUGCAUUUCGAGAAUCGAUGGCUGGCGCGGCUGUCAGACAACAAAGCUAGGCGGCUUCGCGGACUUGAGUCCCAUCCAAGCGUCCGAGCUGCCUUUGAUUCUUUACUCGUGCUUCCCUCGUUGCUGAUACAUGGAAUGCAAAUUGGGUCUCUUCCUCAAGCACUGGCUAUUUCCUGCGACGAGGAGAUAGUUCAUGCGCUAAAUAGGCUACUGAAAUACUGGUCUUCACUGGUGGGACACGAUCGUGCUAAGAUGCUAAGAAUUGAAACACAUACCGUGGAAAAGCUCCAGUUGCUGGCACCUGGAGUCUCGUCAAAGGAUAGAACUACUGUAAAAGGCCUUGUACACAGCGGAGAAGUCUUUUCAAAUUUCACAGGAUCGGAGCGGUCCUCGAUUUGGAAGCGAUUGAAGAGAACAGAUGGCAUCAUUCCAUCUCUAUACACAUUCUUCAAAGAUCUCUGGUACCUAGAAUCAUGUGCCAAUUGCAUCAAACGACUUAUCACACCUUCAAGAUCAUGCCCAACUGUCAGAAGUGCCAUGCGCGCGGCCUUUUCAAGUUCCGAUCCCGCCCAUACGCGGUUAUUGAUACAGACAUCUGAAACUGGACUUCGGUAUUACUCGGACUCCCAGGGAGACCCCGCCGAGCUUGGUUACCGACAGCUAUGGCUCUAUGCUAUGCGUCAUUACCCAAAGUUGUCCAAACAACCACAGAAGCUAGACCCUACGGCGAAGGCUACCAACGAGGUGGUGGAUCCAGUGAUAUUAUAUGAUAUGGCGGUACUUGCAAAGAAGCUUGGAUUUCAAUCGCCACAGAUUCAGCAGCUCAUCCAGCAGUCGCCAGAUCGGAAAAUCGCGCAAGAUGCCCUUUUGAGAGCCCGUCGGCCGGAUCGUUAUCGAUAUACCGAGGGAGAAGUUGAGUUAUUGAUCAACAAAGUCACUGAGUGCUUCUUGAGAGCAAUCCCACUUGACCAUCAGCUUCCAGUGCAAAGCAUUGGCGGAAUAGAGACCAAGAAAGAGUCUCGAUGUGGACAUCCGCAAACCCAAGCACAGUUGCAUGAUUGUCAGUUUCUUUUCAUUGACAAAAUUCACGGCGACUCCAUCAAAGAGGAUCGGAAGGCGACUUCCAUUUUGGUGAGAAGGAGUGUCUACUUCACUUUUUUCAGCAAGCUGUCAAUACCCAUCGUGGAUAGUGACACAACAGGCGCACGCUCAACUACUGAGCUCCCGAUGUCUCCGCUUUUUGUCCCGAGUAAUCGUUCAUCGCGAGCUGAAAUAGUAGAUAGAGAAGCCGAACGGGAAAGCAAUUUGGAUCAGCAACGGUUGAACGACGCUCGUCAAGAGCGACGACCGCAAAAGCGAGCGAAGAAGUUACAGAGACGACAACAUCGGGAGCAGAAGCGAGCGAAGAAGUUACAGAGACAACAACGAAGAGAGCAACAAAUGCACCAAUCCUCACAUUCUGACCAUCAUUCGAUAUCUCCUUCCAGAAACUUACAAAGAUUACCUUCCGAGUCUGGUAUGGAAAUUGAGCUCACUCUUUUGGAAGGUAGUGGCCUAGAAGAGGUAUUAGAUCCGACAGUCGAGUCUGAGUCCAGAUCACCUGGAAGUGACAGUAUAAUUGGUGGAGAUGAGCAAGGUUUUCCAGACAUCGAACCGUCUCUACCGGAUGAACUCGAGCACCUUGAACCCAUUCCGGAGGAGCAACUUUUCAGCGGAAAUGAAGAGUCAGAAUGGUAUGCUGAGUUAGGACAUGAGGACGAACAACGAAGCAGAGAGAGCGAAGAGAGACUGACUAGGGAGGAGUCCCUGGGAGAUACCAGCAUGGAAGAGCAUGCAGUUGAACAAGAGGACGAAGCGACAGAAACAGCGCAGGUUUCUCCGUCGGAAGAAGUUCAAAGGGCACUGCACAGAUUAGAAGGACGUCGGCAAUCCAGAAACGAAUCGGGGCCUUCUAGAACUAUCGAAGGAAAGGGUGCGGCAUUGCGAGAGAUGGAGAGGUUUAAACCAUAUGACCAGACAGAGCGGCGCCGACAAACUCCAAAGCUCUCCAUGCCGCCCCAGGAAACUCUAGAGCAGGAUAUAAACGCACUGCUACAAACAGCAGCCCAACAACAGACACCGAGACCUAUCACUCAGAUUAAUUUCCUCGAGGCGCAGAACCUUCCUCCGUCGGGAAUGAACGAAGAGCAAAAUUCAUCGCCAGCGGCAAGUCAGGAGGGCCCGACUUAUGACCACCAACAGGCGGGGGAGAAACUUCAGGAUCAGUCGCAAAUCGGAAGCACUAUCGAUGGGAACUCUAGACGCUAUGGGAUGACGAAUAUCCAGUCGGAGCGGCAACCACGGCGGUUGCAAUCUGUAACGCCGAACGCAUCGCCAGAUGUUCAGGUUAUCGCAGAUGCUACCCAACAGGGCACUUUGACGGAGCGUGCGUCGUUGUCGCCGGCACUAGAACCUUCCACACAUGGCGGUGCUCAUGCAAAAAUAGACAUAGCCAAGUCAGAGAAAGGGCCUGAGGAGCGAGACAGGUCUCCACGACGAGAAGGAGCAAGCGGUGCGACCAAGAGCUCCAAGGUGACAAUCAUGUUCCGCGCACGUGACAAACGUGGCGAGUGGAAUCGCUUAGUCCACAAAAUGGCGGUUGACCCCUCGGACCCGUCUCCAGUGGAGCGAAUGGCAGCUAAGCAGGCGCGGAAACAGAAGGCAACCUAUUACGACCAGAAUCUACGGCAGGUACCCCCUGGGCAGUGCUUCCAGGCGGCGAUUGAAGAUGGCACGAACACGGUUUUCAUGACAUUCGGCGACGAUCUGACUGUAAGUGAAGCGACGAUGGAUUCGAUCACACGGGCACUCCAAGCCGAGCAUGAUGAUGGUGAUGAUGAUGAUGAUGAUGAUCAGCCAGCGAAACUCAGGAAGCCAAAUUGA